AUGAACCCAUCUCAUGUGCCAUCCAAUGUUCCUGAGGCAGACCAAGUAGCUGACACCCUGGCCAAGGAAUGGAAAGAAGCCAAAGCAGCCCUCAGAAUGAGAUAUGGCCCAGAAGACAACUCAUGGGAACCCAAAGAACUGCUGGAGCAUAGUCAGGAAGAGAUCAGCUGCUUCAACAAGUCACAACUGAAAAAGGCUCAUGACUCCACCAAGAGCCUUUAA